GUCUCGCCGGUGCGGAGCAGGCUAUUGGAGACUCAAGCUGCACCGAGGAACCCGGUUGCCAGGGGUGAGUGCUCCUGAGCCCAGCGCAAGGGACGGCGGGCGCCGAGGGUCCCGCUCCUGGGAUUGGGACACCUGACUGCCGUCCAGGACGCCAGGCUCUCGAUGAAGCUGCCUCGGUUUCCCCUUCGGGAGUCCCGGAGUCUAGAAGGAAAGGGGCCAUCUGGAGGUUGGGGAGCCUCCUGGCGGUCUGUGAGGAGGCUAGAGGGGGAGCGGCGUGGGCAGAACUUCCGUCCCUGGAGCCUCUGAGUUCUAUAGAGAGGUGUGAUUUGGGGGUCGAGGUUGUGUGUAGGGAGAAAGUCCACGAUGAAGUUGUGAGGCGCCGGCCGGCCAGGCUUCAGAUUUCUGAGCGGGAGUUACUUUCUGUCUAGCCUCUUCUCUCCCUCAGUUUACCCAGUUUCGCCUUGCUUGUGAGUGGAUGGGUAUAAAUGAGAGUGCCCGAAUGCUCUCUAACCCUGCCUGUGGCCUGGUAACUGUCGUGGGAGUCUCCUGCCUCCAUCUCCUCACUGGUGGGUGUGGAGACCCCUGCGCAUCCCCAAUCCUAUCUCUGCCCAGACCCACACACACCAGGGCCUGCCAGCGCCGCAUCUUUUGUGCUGUUCAUCCUCGCGUUUUUUCCUCCUGUUGAGGAACAGCCAUCUGGUCCUCCUUGCUUUGCAACAAACUCAAACGCCUCCUCCAUCUCCUCCAGGAGGGCUCCCCCAGCUGAACCCUUGGCUCCCAGUCUGUUCUUGCUUCUCUCCUUUUUCGAGCUCUUGGGCUUCUCCCAGUGGUGGGCUCCAUCUCCCCACAGGCUGUUCUCUGGGCACAGGGUCCUUGUUCCAUAGAGAGAAGACCCCACUGGUGAAGACCAGAGUGACAUUCCUUCACUCUCCUAAUCACUCUGCUCCUAAAUUGACUGAUUACUCAGAUCCCCUUCACCAAUCAGCAUUCUGAGAUCUGAGGCUGGAAGGGACCCCAUCUAGCCUGCUAACCUCCCACCCAGUGCACGAGCCCUCAACUGCAUAUGCUCGGUGUUGGGGAGCUCAGUACUUAAGAAACACUGUUCAGCAUCCUGCAGCUCUGGCUUCAUUUAGUCAAAAGUCUGUGGCUUGCAGAUUCCACCCCUUGGCUCCACUUCUGGCUCCUAGAACCAUGCAGAGGAAAUCCAUUUUUUAAUUCGUUCAUACAGUCUUGAUCAGUUCACUGGAUGAGACACUGAGGGUACAGCAAAGAAAACGUCAGAUAAAAUUCCCUGCCCUUGUGGGGUUCGUUUUCUGGAAAGGAGUUGGACAGCUGUCAAUAAGUAAAUACAUGACAUGUCAGGCAGUAGUAAGUGCUAUAGAGAGAAAGAAAGCAGGCAAGAGGGAUGAGGUAUGGGGCCAGGUGGCGCUAGUGGUAAAGAACUCGCCUGCCAACGAGACGUGGGUCUCUGGGAAGAUCCCCUGGAGGAGGGCACGGCAACCCACUCCAGUAUUCUUGUCUGGAGAAUCCCAUGGACAGAGGAGCUGGCAGGCUAUAGUCCAUGGGAUCGCAAAGAGUCAGUCAGACAUGACUGAGUGACUGAAGUGGAACCUGUUUAGGGGGAAGAUCUGGAGUUUGGUUUUAUGCUUGUGAAGUUUGAGAUGCCCAUUGGGCAUCCCAUUAGGCAGUUGGAAAAGCUUAGUGGGGACAUUGGGGCUGGAUAAAAAAAUUUAGAGCAUCAUCACCAGAUAGCUGGUAUUUAAAGCCACAAGCUCACUUAGGGAGAGAGUCAUUCAGAGAAAAGAGGUCCCACCAGGGAGUUCUGUAGCUCGCAGCAUUAAGAAUUAGCCAAGGAGACAAAAGAACAGCCAGUGAGAUGGGAGGAGAAAUCAGAGAGUGGGGGUGUUCUGGAGGGAACACAGAAGAUGCUUCAGGGAGAAGAGAGGGAGUGAUGAUGACGAAUGCCUUUGGCAGAGCCAACAAGUGAGGGUUGAGAAUCCAGCAACCUGGAGGUCACCAGGGGCCAUGACAAAAGCAGCUGGAGGCCAGAGGGGACAGGAGGGGAGAGCUUGAGGAGAGCAGUACAGAAGACAGCUCGGGAGUCCUGCUGUGAAGGGAGCAGAGAAAUGGGGUUAGGUGGAGAAAUUGCAUUAUGUGUCUGUGCUGCUGAGAACAGCUCUCCCGGUGAGAAGCUUGGUGAAGGGGGCAAGAAUGGAGCAUGCUGCAGUAAGUGAGGGGGCGAUAGGUCCAGUGCCCCAGGGGAGGCGUGGCCCCUGACGAGAGCUGGACAGCUCAGAAGGUGAACUUCUGGGGCCUCCCUCUCUUUCCUAUCUGCAGCUGUCCAACAGGCUAAGAUUUCAGCACUUAGGCAAAUCAAAUGGCUCAGGGCUCCAGAAAAACCAAAUCAGCUGUGUCUCAGGAAGAAAGGAGGGGUCAGGGCUUGCCCUAGGCUUGGGGAUAAGCGGGGGCCCCGUGUGGGUUGCCCCUUCCAUUUGACCCUCUGUUUCAGUAAGGAAGUGCCCCUUUCUUUGCAUAGACCGUACCCUCCUCGAGAAAAGACUAUAAUGACCUCAAAGUUGCAGUAAUUGAAGUGGAGAAGAAAAGGUAAUGGAGAGAGGCUGAUUGAUUUAGUCUGAUGAGGGGAAGUCUAGGCAGGGAAUAAAGGGGCAAGAGGUAGGAUUUUAGGGACAGUUUUUAUGAAAUAGGUGUUGAGUGGACAUCUGUUUUCUAUCGUUCGCAAUUUAAACUGAAGCAGGGAAAACUUUGGUUAGACAUGAUAAGGAACUUCCUGUACUGGUUAGUGAGGGCAGCAACGGGCCAGGUCUUUUGCCCUGAAUGUUUAGGAUGAGAAAGGACAAUGCCUUCUUAGACAUAGAGUGCUGGCAAGAUUGAUACUUGGAGAUUCUCCCAGCUCUGAGGUUUCUGGAAGAAGGCUAGGACAGAGAUGGGACUUUCCAGCUCGUGGUGGGAGGAUAGACUGCCAAAUCUUCUGGCUAGGGCUUGCCUCCUUCUCUGGGUACCCUGACAUCACAAGUCUGAUAGGCGUGCCUCAAGCAUCUGUCGGCUGACCCAGACUUGGCAGGCUUGCAGAGGGUCCCAGCUUAGCUGUAGCUCGUCCCCUUGUGGGUGAGCGUAUUUGUAGGUGUGUCAAAGAUCAUUAGGCUUGGUGGGGUCUCUCUGUGCAGGUCAUGGUGGAGGCCGAAAGCUUUGUGCCAGAACUGCUGAGAAUUACGUAAUUCUUCACAUCUGCUUGGCCAACUCCGGCCUCUGCCCAUCCUGUAGGGGGUUUCCUCAGGAAAGACGUGGAGUCUGUGGGCAAAUCGAGACCUGCCAGUCCUGUGCCACGUAAGUCCCGCCUGCAGGUGACUUGGCCAUGCCUACUCUAAGCCAUAGACUGAGGAGCCUGGAGGCCUACAGUCUGUAGGGUCGUAAAGAGUGGGACACAACUGAAGCGACUAAGCAUGCACUCUAAACCUAAUGAUCUUUGCGGGUCGGGGGUUGAGUGAUCCAGAUUCUCCCAAUGCAGAGGAGACGGCCACUGUUCGUCCUUAGGCCUCCUCUGGUUGAGAGGGGCAGGCAAUGUCCUAUCUCAUCUGAACUCUUCAGCUUCUUUAAUUCCUGGCUGCACAUGGGUCUUCUGGGCAUUGGGUUCGAGGUGAAGUGCAGACCCCAUUUCUGGGCUGUUUGUGGAGGACCUGGGCAGGCGUGGUGAUGGAGCUGGUGUUUUCAUAGCCGAGAACCACUCCAGCGUGAAGCCCAGAGCCUGUGCUACCCCGUCUUGUUCUCUCCUCUCCCCUCUCCCCACUUCUAGCCUCUGGACUCCUCUGCUUGGCACUGGGCACAGGAAGGAGGCCUGCUUGGCCGGAGAGAACUGUGUUCCUUUCUGGUUUACAGGGGCCUCCGCAUUGGGGAUUCACAGCCCCCGAAGCUGCCAGACUCGUGGGCUACCUGGCUGCCUCAGUUUCCUCAUCUGGCCAGCACAGGAAUUCCAGCCUACAUGUUGGCAGCAUUCUGAGCUGCGAUCUCUCCUUUCCCUUCCUUUGGCUGGCAUAUGAGGACGGGUACAGAAUGUUCCAGCCCCACCCCUUCCCUCAGUGGAUUUUUGAUUCAUGAACAUUCCCACUGUACUUCCCCAUGGCCCAGCUCCAUGCCAGGCUUACAGAUGCCAGGAUGAGUAAAACCCAGGCUUCCACUCGGGCCAAGAAGGGAGUUAGGCACAUAAAGAACCAAUAGGGAAAAGGCAGACUUUCCAAGCCCCUUGGCGUCUGCUCCCUCGAGUCUCCUGGAAUGUCCCUGUUUUGUAGACAGACGCUGGAGUUCCUCUUCAGUUCCCAUGCCUACGUCCUUUUACUUUCGCUUUCUGUGGGCACUGCACCAGCCCACGUCUCUGGACUCCGUGACCAUCACAGGAGGGAACUUGCUGAGAGAUUUUCUCUGCUGCGCGGGGACCCUGCCAGGGCUUGGAGCUCUGUGAGAUCGCUUCCCACGGACUCCCAGGACCCAGAGUCUGAGGGCUGAGCCCGGGGUAAGCCACUGGCAGAGGUGACAGCACACGGUGUGUGGUGGUGGGGGGAGGGCCUGGGCAUUUGGGGAGGGGAGCAGUGCAUCCAUAGGCUUUGAAAUGCACCACGAGUUUCACUUCACCUGGGUUGGCAUCUUCACAGCAGUGUUCUGGGUCUGCCUCUGGGGGUCGCCGUGGGUUAUGUACAGAGGUCUGGGCUCGGGCCUCUGUAGGGAACCCAAAUACAAGGGAAUGAAAGGUAUGCCAUCUGGAGUUGCUCUGCUGGGGUUCAGAUCCUAGCUCUGCCUCGUCUAGCUUUCAACCCUUGCGCAAGUCACCAAGCUUCUCUGUGACUCAGUUUCUUCAUCUGUAAAGUGGGGCUGAUCCUAGUACCAAAUUCAGAGUGGUUGGCGGGGUUAAUUGAAAGCACUUAGGAUGGUGCCUGACACGUUAUAUGUGGUCAGUUAAUAAACAUUAGCCAUUAUUGAAGAGAGAGCUAUGGUAGCAUGAAUCCAACCAACAUAGAAGGGACCUCUUGUUAAGAAAUGAUUCCCCUAUUCCUUGGGAGACAUUGCUCCUAGCAUUAACGGAAUCCUUUUUAAAAAAAUUUGUAUUUAUCUUUGACAGAGCACCAAAAGUUCUUCACUACUGCCCGUGGGGUUUCUCUGGUUGUAGUGAGUGGGGGCUAUUUUGUAGUGGCGGCAUGUGGGCUUCUCUUGUUGCAGAGCACAGGCUUUAUUUAGGGCAUACGGUCUUCAGUAGUUGCAGCAUGCAGGCUCUUUGGUGAGGGCUCAGUAACUGUGGCACACAGGCUUAGUUGCCCUGCGGCAUUUGGAAUCUUCCCGCACCAGGGAUCAAACUGUGUCCCUUGCAUUGGCAGGCGGAUUCUUAACCACUGAACCACCAAGGAAGUCAUAAACCUGUUAAACCAGGGAUGACGCAUAGAUGUGGGAGCCAGGGGCCUUAAUUUAACUCCUGGCUGCUUCAGACCCUCUGUGAGACCACAAGCCAGUUUGCCUUCUCUGGGCCUCCGUUUGUACAUCUGUACAAUGGGGAGCUUGCCUUGGUAGUGUCUGAGGGUACAGCCGUGGCUGGCUUGGCCUCAGGGUGGGGCAGACUUGCCCUCUCCACUACCCUCCGUCUGCUUUCUGAGAAGCCCUGCACUGACCUCAUUCUCCUCCCAGAUUGUGAAAUGUGCGCACAAGAUGUUUUUCAGACACAGAGAAGCCAGCUGGUGGAGUUGCUGGUCUCGGGGUCCCUGGAGAGCUUUGAGAGUAUUCUGGACCGGCUGCUUUCCCGGGAAGUCCUCUCCUGGGAGGACUAUGAGGGGCUUAGCCUCGUGGGGCAGCCCAUCUCCCACUUGGCCAGGCGCCUCCUGGACACCAUCUGGAAUAAGGGUGCUUGGGGCUGUGAACAACUGACUGCAGCUGUGCGGGAGGCCCAGGCCGACAGCCAGCCCCCCGAGCUUCCCAGCUCCUGGGACCCCCACUCACCCCACCCAGCCCGUGACCUGCAGAGUCACCGACCAGCCAUUGUCAGGAGACUCUACGGCCACGUGGAGGGUGUGCUGGACCUGACACAGCAGCGGGGUUUCAUCAGCCAGUACGAAACUGAUGAAAUCAGGCGGCCCAUCUUCACUUCAUCCCAGCGGGCAAGAAGGCUCCUUGAUCUCGCCACAGUGAAGGCGAAUGGGUUGGCUGCCUUUCUUCUACAGUGUAUUCAGGAAUUACCGGUCCCAUUGGCCCUGCCUUUUGAAGAUGCCGCCUGUAAGAAGUACGUGUCCAAGCUGAGGACCGUUAUAUCAGCUCAGUCUCGUUUCCUGAGCACCUACGAUGGAGCAGAGAAUCUUUGCCUGGAAGAAGUGUAUACAGAGAAUGUUCUGGAAAUCCAGAUGGAGGUGGGCAUGGCUGGACCUUCGCAGCAGAGCCCUACCACCCUAGGCCUGGAGGAGCUCUUCAGCACCCGUGACCAUUUCAACAAAGAGGCGGACACUGUGCUGGUGGUGGGCGAGGCGGGCAGUGGCAAGAGCACACUCUUGCAGCAGCUGCACCUGCUCUGGGCUUCCGGGCGGGCCUUCCAGGAAUUUCUCUUCGUCUUCCCAUUUAGCUGCCGGCAGCUGCAGUGCCUGGUGAAACCACUGUCCGUGCAGACGCUGCUCUUCGAACACUGCUGUUGGCCUGACCUUGGCCCCCAGGACGUCUUCCAGGUCCUCCUUGACCACCCUGAGCGCAUCCUCUUAACCUUCGAUGGCUUUGAUGAGUUCAGGUUCAGGUUCACGGAUCGGGAGCGUCACUGCUGUCCGACCGCCCCCACGUCAGUCCAGAGUCUGCUCUUCAACCUUCUGCAGGGCAAUCUGCUAAAGAACGCCCGCAAGGUGUUGACCAGCCGCCCAGGCGCGGUAUCGGCGAGCCUCCGAAAGCACGUGCGCACGGAACUCAGCCUCAAGGGCUUCUCGGAAGAGGGCAUCGAACUGUACCUGAGGAAGCGGCAUCGCGAGCCUGGGGUGGCCGACCGCCUCCUCUGCCUGCUCAGAGCCACCUCGGCCCUGCACGGUCUGUGCCACCUGCCUGUCUUCUCCUGGAUGGUGUCCAAAUGCCACGAGGAGCUGUUGCUGCAGGGCCGGGGGUCCCCAAAGACCACCACGGAUAUGUACCUGCUGAUCCUGCAGCACUUUCUGCUGCACGCCUCCCCCCUACCCUUAGCCACCCAUGGCCUGGGACCCAGCCUGAUUCAGGGCAGGCUCCCCACACUCCUGCACCUCGGCCGCCUGGCUCUCUGGGGCCUGGGCACGUGCUGCUAUGUGUUCUCAGCCAAGCAGCUGCAGGCGGCACAUGUCGACAGUGAGGACCUUUCUCUUGGCUUCCUGGUGCUUGCCAAGAGGGUUGUACCCGGGAGUACAGCCCCCCUGGAAUUUCUGCAUAUCACUUUCCAGUGCUUCUUUGCUGCAUUCUACCUCGCCCUCAGUGCCGACACCCCGCCGUCCUCGCUCAGACAUCUCUUCCAAGGUCACAGGCCUGGAAGCUCGCCACUGGCCAGGGUGCUGCCCAAAUUGUUCCUGCGGGGUUCCCGAUGCAGAGAGGGCAGCGUGGCUGCUUUGCUGCAGGGGGCCGAGCCGCACAACCUCCAGAUCACAGGGGCCUUCCUGGCGGGGCUGUUGUCACAGGAGCACCGGAGCUUGCUGGCUGAGUGCCAGGCCUCUGAGACGGGCCUGCUCAGGCGCUGGGACUGUGUCCGGCAGUGUCUGACCCGCAGCCUCCGCGAGCAUUUCCGCUGCAUCCCACCCGCCUUGCCGGGUGAGGCCAAGAGCAUGCACGCCCUGCCUGGCUUCCUCUGGCUCAUCCGGAGCCUGUAUGAGAUGCAGGAGGAGCGGCUGGCGCAGGAGGCCGUGCGCAGGCUGAACGUUGGGCACCUCAAGCUGACCUUCUGCAGUGUGGGCCCGGCCGAGUGUGCUGCCCUGGCCUUCGUGCUGCGCCACCUCCAGCGGCCUGUGGCCCUGCAGCUGGACCACAACUCUGUGGGUGACAUCGGCGUGGAGCAGCUGCUGCCUUGCCUGGGCAUCUGCAAAGCUCUUUACUUGCGAGAUAACAACAUCUCAGACCGAGGCAUCUGCAAGCUGGUUGAACAUGCUCUUCACUGUGAGCAGCUGCAGAAGUUAGCUCUUUUCAACAACAAGUUGACCGAUGGCUGUGCACACUCCAUGGCCAGGCUCCUUGCGUGCAAGCAGAACUUCUUGGCUUUGAGGCUAGGAAACAACCACAUCACGGCCGCGGGAGCCGAGGUGCUUGCCCAGGGGCUCAGAACUAACAACUCCUUGCAGUUUUUGGGGUUCUGGGGCAACCAGGUGGGUGACGAGGGGGCCCAAGCCUUGGCUGCAGCCUUGGGUGAUCACCAGAGCUUGAGGUGGCUCAGCCUGGUGGGGAACAACAUUGGCAGCGUGGGUGCUCAAGCCUUAGCAUUGAUGUUGGAAAAGAAUAUGGCCCUGGAAGAACUCUGCCUGGAGGAGAACCACGUCCAGGAUGAAGGUGUGUGUUUCCUCGCCAAAGGACUUGCAAGAAACUCAAGUCUGAAAGUCCUGAAGCUCCGAGGAAACACUUUCUGUCCGGAGGAAAUUGAGAAACUCAGCCACCAGGAUACCAGACUCUUGCUCUGAUGUUUCCAGGCCAGUGUUCAGCUCAGUGUGUUUGGGAGGAGGCCAUGGGUUUGGAUCCCAGGAUGGGAUGACAUCUGAGCACAGCCCACUCAGAUGGAACCUGGAUCUGCCCAGGGCCAACCCAAUAGGUCACCUUUGUUCUGGCACAGGAAAGCACAUCAGUGCCCUGUGGAGUAGACUUCACUGAAUCCCAACUUUGCCAUCAACUUCUUGCCAAGAUUCAAUCCUGAGAUGUUGAAGAGGGGCAGCCUGCCUGUACAAGAUGGGGCUGGUCUCAAGUCAAGCUGACAUGCGUCAGGGAGGCCCAUGGAUGCCACUGAGUAUUUAUGGGUGUAGAGAGCUCCCCACGAGGAGGGAUACUCGGGAAGUAACUGUUUGCUUUGUCUUAGCUCAUGGUCAUCCACCAGGUUGUUCUCUACAUCUGGUUCGUCCACUCAUCCUGGACCCUACACAUGGCACUUCCUCUGUGGUUGAGAUUCGGAAUGUAGGCAUUCUCACCUUUGAUCUUUCCCUUGUACCCUGGCCCUGCUCCCACUCUCCCAUCCGCCUCAACCCUCCCCCCAUCCAGGGUGGGAGGGGCUACAACUCACCCUGCUCUCCUUCUGGUACUUAAGACAGUAUUGAAAGGGGACAGGUGACAUACAUGUGUUCCUCAAGACAUUCUAGAGUUUCAAGAAAAAUAUGACUGCCCAGCAACUGGACUUUUAUUUCCAGUGAAAUCAAUUACUCUUCAGUUAAACCUUUGGGAACAACUCCUUAUCCAAAUGCAACUUUUAAAAUUUUGAACAGCCCCACCAGGUCUCUGAAGCCUGUGAACUGAACUCUGGCAGCAGACUUCCAAAAUAUAUUCAUAAGAGAUGGCUUGGUUUUGUUUGUGCCAGGCCACUUUAGGAUAUAAAGGUAUAGAUCAAAAGUUUACAGGGCAAAAUCAAAGGCCCUUCCUUACAAAACAAAUGUUUUUCUCUGAAUUUUUCAGAAGCUUCUGUAAACUAUCAGGUACUGUGCAAGUGUUAUUAUUUCAACACUGUUAUUUGUGAAAAACUGGUUACUGUUUAUAAACCACUUUGUUUUAUUCUCCCUAGUUCAUGAUUUUAUAAAAAGACAAAAACAAAAACAUGACCAUGAAUGUUAUGCUGUAAAUAAUCACAGAAGAUAAAACUAUUGAGUCACCAGAGCUAUCUUCAUUGUGACCAAACACAAUGAAGUAUUUAAAAAUACUCUGAACAUUAUCACAUAUUAAAGCACAAUAUUCUCCUUGAAGGGAGGAGACAUGAUGUUUCAACCAGAUAAUUGAUUGCUUAAGGCACAAGCAGUGUUUAGAAAUAGCCUUGCAAUCAAAACACAUUUGGCUUCAGUUUAGAGAAGUCUAGCUCAGCGUGGAGUUGUAAGUUAUAGAGGAACCUCAGUGUCCCGGCAGAAACACAGAUGAGAGAGACGCAAGCAGGCCCCUGGGCCUCCCUCCAUUCUCUCCAAGUGUCUCCAGGGGAGAAGGAUGGAGAAGACUGGGGAACAGUUCUCCUCUGCAAGCAGCCUCGUGGGUAGGCCUUGGUGAAAUAAUUCUUAGCUGAAUUUAAUUAGCAAGGACUCAGGUGGCUGCUCAUCAAGGUGGAAUUGGCUUCCUUGAAUGGUUUCCUGUGUGUCUGGUUGGUUAAAUACUGUGGCAUCUCCCUGGGCGCCUCCCCAGUAAGGGCAUGUGUGUGGGUUCUCUUCAUUUGUUUGAAUUUAUUUUAUUGAGGUAUGGUUGAUUUACAGCAUUGUGUUAAUUUCUAUACAGCUGAAUGAUCCUGUUAUACAUAUGUGCACAUACUCUUUUUCCAUUAUGGUUUUUCACAGGAUAAACUACUCAUAGUUCCUUGUGCUAUACAUUAGGACUUUGUUAUUUAUCCAUUCAAUAUAUAAUACAUUUGCUAACCUCAUAAUA